UCAUCCACUUUUGCCAAAAUGGAAAAUUGUACUCUGGAUCAAUAAGAGCAACAAGCAUUCCUGAUGUUCCCACAAAUGUUUCUUGGUUACUUUUUGCUAACCAGAUGAUGUGGACAAAAUGGGGAUUUCUACAAGCUUCAAUUUUAUCAUUGCUUUUUAAACCAUGUCUAUAACUGGUUCCUUACGUCAUUCACCUUGCCUGAUGCACACAUUGUCACGUGUUGAGUAAUGUAAUUAGUUUCAGUCAGAUGAUCCAGCAAGAAAAUAAGUUGCAUUUUUCAAAUGCAAUGUCUCUGUGAAGAAAAGAUACCAUGCAGGAACAUAAUAUUUAGGAAAGGUUUGUUUUUUAAUGAGAAGUUUCUCUCCUGCACUGUUGCUUAACAGCCACAAAGCAGAACUUGGAAUGUUUGAUUGGUUUCCUUGCCUACAUACCAAGGUAACAGCAGAUAUGCCACUUUACGGAGCUUGUGAAAUUGACGUGCCUAGAAGCAUUACAGAAGCUGUUGACAAGUUGAUUGAAGCAGAACUGGGAAGCUUGUAGCAUUUCAUAUAACCAUAGCCUCCAAAUUCCAUCAGCUUCAACCAGCGUGGUCAAUAAUUAAGGAUGAUGGAGAUAAUUUGAAUAUGACAUAAAUAUUAAAACCAGCAAGGACAUUUUCAGAUGGCUGCUUCUUAUCAAGGUGUCUGGAUGUUUCAGGUCAAAGCUGACCUCCACAUGCAGUGAAGUCAAUUCUUCUGCUUACAUCCUACAGGCUGAGUUAGCAGCAACUAAAGAAUCCUGGUUGCUCAAGGACUAACAUUUCAUAUGGCGGAAAGGAAGCAAAAAUCCCAACUGACAGAGCUUUUAGAUGAAGUGGAAAAGGCUCACAAAUCUGAGAUCCGUCUCUAUGUGUCAGGCCAUCUAAACCAUAAUAAACUCUUCAAGCCCCCUAAAUCUACAAAAUACAACUAUUGGGAGAGUGCCAAAAGAACCACUUUACGGUCUGCCAAGGAGGAUGCCCUUGAGGGAUCCCAUGAAAUGCUGGAAAAGGGCAGCAGUAGCAAGGAUGUUCCUCCGGUGCCUGUCUGUGCCAAAUCUGCUUCCCCAUUGGGUUAUCCGUCCCCAGUCCACCCGGCCAGCUUUAGAACACCAGUAAGUGUGUCACUUGGUACCACUGCUUUCAAGCUACAAAAGAAGGAGGCUCCUGAGAAACCACAAGAUGAAGCCAGCACAUUUCAAAAGCAGCUUAUACGAGAAGAGCUGGACAUUCCAGAAAUGAAAUUGUUGAAAUUCAGACGACUCAAGAAUAGCAGGCUUUGCGUCACAAAGGAGUUUAAAGACGAAUACCGGUUCUUACCUUCCUAUUUGGCUGGUGUGACUAAAAAGGACCAAUAUAACAAGUUCAUGCAAGUUCAGAAGGAGUACAUUGCCAAGCAGGAUUUGCUGGAGAAUGAUUUCAUUGGGAGCAAGUCAACAGAGCGCCAUGAAAAAAAGUUGGCCCAGGCACUCCAGAAUAUCUGUGAUUGCAGAGGUCCACAUUUCUACCGAUUACAGGCUAUUGGUCAAGUGUUUGAAGAUAUCUGUAAUAGUUCCUUGAUAUUUGGUGACAUAUUGAAGGAAGUGAAAAAUGAAUAUGAGCUUUACAUGGUGAUCCUGCUGGAUUCUUUGCCUGCAACACAAUACAGAACCUUGCAAGAGCAAGUCAAAGGCCUGAAAAAAAGAAUGGUGAUGACUCAUGAAAUAGAAGAGAGCAGACAGACAAUACAGGACCUUGUGCAGAAAAGCAAAUUGGCUUUAGCAAGAAAUGAAGAACUUAGAAACAAAUUGGAAAUUGAACUUUGGGUGAGCCAGACAGGCAGAACAGCAACAAAAAAGGAAGAGGGUGACAAAGCAGUGGAAAAAGAAACUUCUGUAGCCAGUGCUGAGCUGCUGACAUCUCUGAGGUGCCAAAUCAUUAUGAAAUGGGAGGAAAUCCAAGCAAUUGAGAAAGAAAUUAAAAACACGAUGACUUUCAGUGGCAUUAUUAAUACUAAACAAAAGACUGUGAAAGAAUUAGAGGCAGAAGCAAGCAAACUCGAAGCUUCAAACAAGUUUCUAAAAAUACAAAUAAGGGAUGCUGAACAUAGUAUCAGAGUAGCACUAAAAAGGCAGAAGUUUAAUGAAGCAAACCAGAGGUGUUUGUGGGAGUUAGUGAGGGACUUCUUGCAACCUCAUGGAGAAGACAUCCUUGAAACCUCAUUUGGGUUAUUUUCUCAGACAUCCUUUCAUCAUUGAUUUAAGUUGUAGGACACAAAUGCUCCUAUGGAAAAAUGGAUGGUGUGAGAAUUGCAUUAAACCAUGCUAUUUGCAUAAAAACAAACAGCAAGUGGGAAGAUGGCCAGCAGAUUGACAUUUGAGAUCUCUACCUAACAAGCAGGCACUAAAUGAAGAUGGCUGCUGUAGAAUUUUCAUUGCAUUCUACCUUAGUAAUACAGUGAUUGCUAGUUAUGAUUCUGACUGAGAUUCUACCACCAUAUUUGGUUUAUUAAUUGCUCAUUUAUCUUCUCUAUUGUCAUAAAUACUUGAAAAGUAAAAAUAUUUCUCUUUAAGAAGUAACAUGACUGACAGACCAGAAUUAUGAACUUUAUUGAGACCUUUCAACAUUUUUCAAUGGAGGCAAUAAGAAAGAAAAUGCAUUAUUCGGUGUUAAAAAUUCCUCCCCCCCCCUCCUCCUCCUCCUCUUCCUCCUCCCUCUCCACUAUCCUUAUUGCUUUCACCUGUCUGUUGACUGUGUAACUGAUGUCUCAUAAUGUGGUAUAUAUUGCUUGCAGUAUAUGUUUUGAAUUAUCCAUUCAAUUGCAUUUGUGGGGGUUAGUGUUUGUUCUAUUUAUUAUGAGUAAUUUUAAUGGAAAUAUAUAUAUAUAUAUAAUAUAUGGUUAGAAUUAGCAUAUAAUUAUAUACUAUGUACUUAAACUUUCAACAGGUGUGGAGAACCAUUGUAUUAAUGCUAGUGGUAUUAUUGGGAAAAGGGUGUUGUCAGGAAAACAAAGUUCCUUAGUUCAGUGGUAGGCGCUACAGCCACUCAUAUGUUCCAUCCUACUUUGCAAUCCUUAGAGGCUCUCCACUUUCCCAGAAUGAGCAUGGCUAAAACUGUAGUGAUUUGAGGAGGUUAAGGGUUCCCAAAAGAGCCUUCAAUUCUACCUGCUUUUCCCACGGAGGAGUAAAAGCCUAUUAAAUCUACCCAGUCUCCUUCACCAAAAGAUGAAAAAUUGGGCUCUGCUUAUUUCAAUUAUGUUCUGGUGGCACCAGCCAUAGAGGGCAUUGAAGGCUAUAUAACUUCUUGUUUUUUAAAAAAGUCCCUCUUACUAAAGGAAAUUCCCCAUUGUUGGUUCACUUCAAAAGUAACUUCUGUCCUUCAAAACCUUUUGCUUCAAUUUAAUUUGAGUUAGUAACUCCAAAGAUUGCAGCAGUGAGGAGUUAUUUGUGUCCACGUGUAACCCUAAUAAAAAACCAAUAGCAUGAAAUAUGGGGAAGCCGAUAACCAUUACUAAAUUUGAUCUCUUGCAUUUUUAGUCCUGUCUUUUUGUUUCUAGGUUUUUGUUUUUGUUUUCCUUAUAGGGCUGUUCUUUCAAUAAGGCUGAUGUUUACUCAGUUACAACUCUUUGAUAUAUGGACGAUAAAAAUAUAAAGAUUAAUUUUCUGCGUUACAAUCUAGUUAUAAAUUAUUGUACUGAAUAUGCAGAUUAUAACUCUGGUAUGCUAAGUUGGCUAUGAUUUGAACAGUACUGAUAGAUUUUCCAUGAAUUGUGGGUGGGUGGGGAAUUAAUGAGAAGUACUGGAAAUGACAGGUCUUCCAAGAAAUCAUAGAGAGAGAAAAAGAUAUAAGACAAGUAAUUUACAGUUUAUCUCAGAAAGCUGCUUCUUUAGGAAUCAGUUCUCUGCUGGUGAUUCUUUCCAUAUGUUUACUCAUGAAACUCUUUGAUUUUUAGUAUCAUUACACUUCUACUGUUAUAGAGUAAAAGGAUCUCUACUUUAUGACUUGGAUGCAAAAAUCAUUCCAUUUGAAUGGAAUGUAACUCAGUUUAUUCAGGAGGAGUGACUUACUGGUUCCAUCUGCAAAACCCAUGGACCCACGAUGAAGAAGCUGCAAGUGAGAAUUAAUCAUAUAAUUCUGCAGAAUCAAGUAAAAAUCACAAGGAAUUUCUUGGUUAUUAGGGUCUGAUGCAAUAAUAGCAAAGUAGAUACCAAUAGAAGAACAUAAGAUAUCACAAGGAAGAACUCAGAUUGUACUAUAACUCUGGACUAACCAAUUUAUAUGGGUGCACUGGCAGGAUGGCAUCUUGGCUAUAAGCAAUGGUACUUACCAACAUUUCUACUGGUAAUUCAAUCUAUGGAACAAGCACAUGCACAGGAAUCAAGCACAACCUUGAUUUAGCUGACCCUUGUUUAUCAUAGAUUCAGACUCUUUGAAGACCAGUGCAGAACUCAGAGGAAUGAAACAAUAUGUUAUUGUGUACUAUCUCUCCAACAACCUUAUAAAUAGUUGGAAUUGUCUCCCAAGGCUGUGGGAGAUCCAGGGACAAAGGAGCAGAGGACUUUGCUUCAGGAUUCUGGCUAUCUGUAAGGAAUAGGUAACUCCUCUGCUUAGACAUUGUGUUAAACUUUAAUUUAUUUUGUCUGUUUGUGUUUGUAGCCUUAUUGACACUACUAUUUCCUACUAAUGAUACAUUCUGUGUAACUUCAGACUGUUUUCUCAUUUUUAAAUUCUUCAUAUUAAUUUAAGAACUGAAAUCUAUCUCACUGAUUAUAGUAAGACAGAACCAUCUUGUAAAAUGCCUGGAAUGCUAUGUUUUGCAUAUAUAUAUAACAUUGAAUAUGUGUGUG